AUGGAUUCCAAAACAGAGACUCUUUUAGUUAUAAUCCUUCUUGAAGUCAUUGUCGGGUUUCUCUUUAGCUUCUUUAUAAUAAUUUUCCUUUCUGUUAUCGGAUUUCAAAAGAAGAAUAUGAUGACCUACGUCAAGAUCCUGAUCCCUCUGAACGUGUCCAACAUAAGCUUCACCUUUUUCUUAGCUUCCAACUUUAUCAUUGGUUUCCUAUGGCCGGAACUCCUCACCAAGACCUAUUUGAUUCACACUCUCUCUUACAUGACCAUGUACAGCAUCACAUCCAGUUUGUGGCUGAGCGCUGUACUUUGUGUCUUCUACUUCAUGAAGAUUGUCCCUUCCCAGCCCAGAGUCCUCACAACACUGAAGAGAAGGAUUGAUGCAGUUGUCUUGUGGUUGAUAAUAAUGGCAGAAGUUGUGUCACUUGGGGAAGGGUUUCUAUCUAUGCUUAUUUCCAAUAUAUCAACAAACCAAAGGAACUCAUCCAUAACUAUGUCUGAGUUUAUUGACAAAAUCAAUGCACAGAGUGUAAAUGUAUUUCUCAUUGUCCUGCUUCUAAACUUUCUGCCGUUCCUGGUCAUCAUAAUGACAACCAUUGGCAGCGCUGGACUCCUCAGCCUGUACAACCAUCAGAUUCAGAAGAACAUGACGACGACUUCAGGAAACACCCGUGUGAGGGAUUAUGGAGCGGCCAUCCAGACUAUGAUAGGGCUCCUGGUUUUCUAUGUCUUGCUUCUUCUUUGUAUGAGCCUUAGUAUGCUGAAUGUAUUUUCAUAUUUGGACAUAGGUUACUGGUUAUGUGUGAUUUUCCUUUUCUCAAAUACCACAAUCCUUCCCGCUCUUCUCAUCUAUGGUAACCCUGGACUGAAGGAAGCCAUUAAACAGAUGAUUACUCGCUAA